AUGUCCGCAACAGGCACUCCCUUUGCCGACCCUCUCUGGCUCACCCGCCCCCUCACCAACAGUCCCUACUAUACCCCAUCUCAUCACCACCUGCAGCGCGAAGUCAGGGAGUACGUAGACACGCACAUCGCCCCCUUCUGUGAAGAAUGGGAAACACAGGGCUUCGUCCCGCCCGAGGUCCAGCAAUACCACGCAAAAAAAGGCUACACCGCUGCCGCAGUCUACCCCCUCGCAACCGCCCACAUCCAGCAGUGCAAUCAACGCCUCCCCGGUGACAUCCACCCCUCCCAAUGGGACGUCUUCCACGACCUGAUCGUGAUCGACGAGCUCGCGCGCAGUGGAUACCUAGGCGUAGUGUGGGCGCUCGGGUGCGGCAACGCGAUCGGAGCGCCGCCGGUCGUGCAAUUCGGGAAUGCCGACCAGAAAGAACGAUUUCUGGGGCCAUUGGUGCGCGGGCAGGUGCGGUUCUGCUUGGGGGUUACGGAGCCGGAUGCGGGCUCCGAUGUCGCGGGCAUUACAACGACGGCGGAGCGGCGGGGCGAUGUGUAUGUGGUGAACGGGGCGAAGAAGUGGAUCACAAAUGGGAUUUUCGCUGACUAUUGCACGGCGGCGGUGCGAACCGGGGGCGCAGGGAUUGGGGGCGUGUCGGCGCUGGUCAUUCCGUUGAAGGGGACGCCCGGGGUGACGUGUCGGAAGAUACGGAACUCCGGGGUUGAGGCUAGUGGUUCCACGUAUAUUGAGUUCGACCAGGUUGAGGUUCCGGUGGCAAAUCUACUCGGGGAGGAGAAUAAGGGGUUUCCAAUCAUUAUGCAUAACUUCAACCAUGAACGGUUGUGGUUGGCUUGUACGUCGCUGCGCAUGGCACGGGUCUGUGCAGAGGAUGCGUACAAGCAUGCAAUUACGCGGGAGACCUUUGGGAAGAAGCUCAUCGAGAAUCAGGUCAUUCGCGCCAAGUUCAGUGCAAUGGGCCGAAGUCUAGAUUCGGCCUAUGCCUGGAUGGAGCAGUUGGUCUACAUGGCGGAUAUGGCGCGCAAGGAAGGGAGGGAUCUGGCCAUGGGAGGACUGUUUGCCAAUCUGAAGGUGCUAGCAGGUAGAACCCUGGAGAUGGUCAAUCGAGAGGCACAGCAGGUUAUGGGGGGUCUGGGGUACUCGAAGAAUGGUCGGGGAGCGCGUAUUGAGCAGAUCAGUCGGGAUGUUCGAGUCAUGGUGGUCGGUGGUGGCAGUGAGGAGAUUCUGUCCGAUCUGGCAAUUAACCAGGAGAUCAAGGCCAUGACCAGAAUGGGGCAGAGUAAGCUAUAA